UCGGGCGGGGGCGCAGGCAGACCGGGGCCCCGGGAGGACACGGGGCGGCGGGCAGCGCGGGAGCGUCGAAGCUGGGCUUGGGCCUGGGCGCCCAUGGCCUGGUCCGAGCGGCGCUGCCUCGUUCCCUGCAGACCCCAGAGCCUCGGGGCGAUGGCGGAGCAGGGCCCGGGCCGUGUGCCGGCAGGGCGAGUGUCUGGCGCGGCGCAGGCCGGGGUCGGGGGAGCCUCAGCCCUGCGGGAAGCGGCGCAGGGGCGCGAGGAGGAGCCGGUGCCGCGCCGGGAGAGGCGGGGGCAGGAGCUCCAGGAGGCCUUUGAGGACGUGGCUGUGUAUUUCACACGGGAGGAGUGGGAGCUGCUGGAAGACGCACAGAAGGGGCUUUACCGGGACCAGAUGCUGAGGAACUGGCGAGCCCUCGUUUCCCUGGGAUAUCAUGGUCCCACCCCUGACUUAAUCUUCCACAUUGCACGAGGACAGGAGGAGCUCUGGGUCUGUGAUGAUGAGGACCGUGAGGACAUCUCAAAGUCAGAGGACCUUCUCCCAGGAGGCGCCUGGCUGCUGAGUAGAGUUGAGAAGCAGAGUCUGGAAGAAGGGCCUGCAAACCUGGAGCCACCCUGGACUUCCCCCGGGGGUUUGGUCGAGUUGGAGUCCCUGAGACCUGAGGAAGACCAAUGGCUCCAGAGCCAAGAAAGGCCCCAAAAGCUGAGCGAGAAUAUAGCAGUGGAGCAGUUGCCAUCUUCCCUUGUGCGUGAGAGUGGAGAAAGGACAGAGUCCAGAGAGAGCCCUGGGUACAGGGAAGGAUUUGUGGAUCUGAAAAGCCAUAAGGCAAAAUUGCACUGGAAAGAGACCCUGCGUCCAAACCAAACCAGUGGGGAGGGACUGAGAGGGAAACUGGAUGUGCCCGCCAAGCCCAGGGGCAAAGCCCACCCCUACCCUGAGUGCCAGAAAAUCUUUCACUGCCCCUCGCACGGGGCUCUGCCACCUGGGUGCCCUGAAUGUGGGAAGAACUUCACUCGCUCCUCCAGCCUGGCUGAGCACCAGCGCAUCCAUACCGGGGAGAAGCCAUACCAGUGCUCUGUGUGAGGG